UUCCGCCCUGGCCUGGUCUCCGCAGAGGAUUUGGUGCCGUCAUGUCGGCUGCGAUUGCAGCUCUGGCCGCUUCCUAUGGUUCGGGUUCAGGGUCCGAGUCGGACUCGGACAGUGAGGGCAGUCGGUGUCCUCUGCCAGCCGCCGACUCUCUCAUGCACUUGACUAAGUCGCCUUCGGCCAAGCCCUCUCUGGCAGUGACAGUGGACUCGGCUCCGGAGGUGGCAGUUAAGGAAGAUUUGGAGACUGGAGUUCACCUUGACCCUGCUAUAAAAGAAGUUCAGUAUAAUCCUACCUAUGAGACCAUGUUUGCUCCUGAGUUUGGACCAGAAAAUCCCUUUAGGACACAGCAAAUGGCUGCCCCUAGAAAUAUGCUUUCUGGAUAUGCUGAACCAGCUCAUAUCAAUGAUUUUAUGUUUGAACAACAAAGAAGAACUUUUGCCACAUAUGGUAAGGAAGAACAAAAAGAAUUGGAUGAAAUCACAGCAAAGAGGCAGAAAAAAGGCAAACAGGAAGAAGAGAAACCUGGGGAGGAGAAGACAAUCUUACAUGUUAAAGAAAUGUAUGACUAUCAAGGCAGGUCCUAUCUUCACAUACCUCAGGAUGUUGGUGUUAAUCUGCGGUCAACUGUGCCACCUGAGAAGUGUUAUCUUCCCAAAAAACAAAUUCAUGUGUGGUCUGGACACACAAAGGGUGUCAGUGCAGUCAGAUUGUUUCCUCUCUCCGGCCAUUUAUUGCUGUCUUGUUCCAUGGACUGUAAAAUCAAGCUAUGGGAGGUUUACGGAGACCGGCGCUGUUUGCGAACAUUUAUUGGUCACAGUAAAGCUGUUAGGGACAUCUGCUUUAAUACUGCAGGAACACAGUUCCUUAGCGCAGCGUAUGACAGGUAUCUGAAGCUCUGGGACACUGAGACAGGACAGUGUAUAUCAAGAUUUACAAACCGAAAAGUGCCCUAUUGUGUCAAAUUCAAUCCUGAUGAAGAUAAGCAAAAUCUCUUUGUCGCUGGGAUGUCAGAUAAGAAGAUUGUGCAAUGGGACAUUCGAAGUGGAGAAAUUGUGCAGGAAUACGAUCGGCAUUUGGGAGCUGUCAACACCAUUGUUUUUGUUGAUGAGAAUAGGAGAUUUGUGAGCACAUCUGAUGAUAAGAGCCUAAGAGUUUGGGAAUGGGAUAUCCCGGUAGAUUUCAAGUAUAUAGCAGAACCCAGUAUGCACUCAAUGCCUGCAGUGACUUUGUCUCCAAAUGGCAAGUGGCUAGCAUGCCAAUCCAUGGACAACCAAAUCUUAAUUUUUGGAGCACAGAACAGAUUUAGAUUAAAUAAGAAAAAAAUUUUUAAGGGCCACAUGGUAGCAGGCUAUGCUUGUCAAGUGGACUUUUCACCAGACAUGAGCUAUGUGAUUUCAGGAGAUGGAAAUGGAAAAUUAAACAUUUGGGACUGGAAGACCACAAAACUCUAUAGUCGGUUUAAAGCUCAUGAUAAAGUGUGUAUAGGUGCAGUGUGGCAUCCUCAUGAAACAUCUAAGGUCAUAACAUGUGGUUGGGAUGGUCUCAUUAAAUUGUGGGAUUAAUGGGAUUAAUCGUUAUACUAUCUAGGAUCAUUUUUGAUCCAAUGUCAUAUUUAACUGUAUUUAAUUAUUAAAUGUGUUGGUUGAUAGCUUGUUUUUACAGGUAAUGUUUCUUUACAUGGCUUUAUGACGCUGACCUAUUGUUUAAAAAAAACAACUUUGUAAAUUUGACUUAUAUAAUUUCAUGGCAACUUCAUUUUGUUCUUUAUAGGUGUUAUUU